GUAAUCCCUCAUAGCAAUCGACGGAGCGAGUAAAACGUCCCAGAGAUAAACCCUACUGGAUUAGCACAAGACCCCUCCCAUCGCAACCUAUAACCCAACCUAUCAACUCCUCUCGUUUGUGGUCUUUUUUAUUUUUUUAAAAUUGUUUUUAUCAACGUUCGGUGACCAUCUCCAGCCUAUGACCUGCCACUGUGUUGUUGGUGGAGUAGCCGUGCAUUGUGCUGUGCUUGUGUGGGUUUGUGUAAUGUGUUUGUGUGUGGCGUCCUCUUUCACUGCGCACAACGCGGCAGCAAGACCACAGAUUAAUUAUUCAAUGACGGACAGCCCGAGGGGGAGUCACCCGAUAGCACGGACUUACAAUAUUACAACUCGAUAUCAGGUGAAACGAUAGACACAGCUUCAUUUUCCUUUUUGCUUGCACCUGUCUUUCUUCGGUGUACAAGAAAACAAACGGCUGUUUUCACAGCGUUUUGUUCUGUUUUUGUAAUUUCUUUCUUCUUUUUCUUUGCCUCCGUAAACGGUUCCUCUAUUUUUUUCCUUUUUUUUGCCAAUGCUUGUCCCUAACAAGCAGUUGAGUCUUGGUCGCUCCCACAGUUGGGACACGUUAGGGGGGAAUGAGGGUCAGUGGGACAGGUCUGAGAGUGUCCACGAGCAGCAGGCAAGACUAGCCGGCCGGCGGAGCUCCCUGUCAUACGGAGAGGGAGGCGCGUGGUACCCACCUCCACAAGGAGUGCGCCCCCCUGACCCGGAUUUGAAACGCGAGCCGUAUUCCUACCAAGACUCUCUGUACAGACCGCUUUACGCAGAGCGACAGGACCCGCGGGGGCUGAGGAAGGGCUCCGUGCCUGAUCUGAACCACUACGAAGGAGCGCCCAUGGCUCACCGAGGAUCCAUUUCGCAUCAGGAUUACUAUUCGCACGACCCGGCCAUGACUCCUCGGCCACCUGAGGGCUUCUACCGGCCUGAACACCAGCCUCCGCCGCCUCCACCUCACCCGCUCAGUAGGUCGGGCUCUCAUUUCGGGAUGGCACCUGGGCCUCAUGGUGUGUGGGAACAAGUUCAAGGAGGAAGAGCGGGACCUCAGGUCCCUGGAUCGCCUCUACCUCCUCCCCCUCCGACCGCUCAUGAGUUGAGUCGGGGUUACAGGGAACCUGCUGCUGUAACAGCUGGCAAAAUGACGUCAGACGGCCAACAGCGUAUACCCUCUCGGGGGCCAUCGCCUGCGCACUACGGUAUGGAUCAUGCAUCUCCUCGGUAUGCCAGUGAGCCCCCACCUCUGACCGGCCAGUCGGUCUACACUGACGUUAAUGGUCGCCCGUUGGAUCCCCAGCAGCAGGGAGCUACCUGUCUAGUAGUAGAUCCUUCCACUCAAGCGAGUAUGAUUAUGAGGCAAGAGACCGCCUCUCCGUACACCAUUCAACAACAGCAGCAAUUACAACAGCAGCAACUUCAGCAGCAACAGAUACAACAGCAGCAGUUACAGCAACAGCAGCUUCAGCAGCAACAGCUUCAACAGCAACAAGUGCAGCAGCAACAGCUUCAACAGCAACAAGUGCAGCAGCAACAGCUUCAACAACAGCAGCUACAGCAACAGCAACUUCAGCAAGAGCAGCUGCAGCAGCAUCUGCAACAGCAGGCGCCCCUUCCGCCUCCACCUACAAUGCCUUGCGCUGACCCUAACCUUUCUAUGAUGGCCCCACUUGCUGCCCCACCUGCCACAGUGCAGACCGCAGCAGUUGCUCCGAUUGCACCUGCCCUCGUGCAGGCGGCUUUAACUUCCGUCCCUCCCCCGCCGGUCGCCCCACUCACUGCUCCUCUUCCCCCAGCUGCCCCACAAAUGCUUUUGCCUUUGGACCCCAAGAAGUCAGUUGACCAUGAGUUCCUCGCCCUGCUGCGAAAUGAGGGCCUCUCCGAGAGCACCAUCUCCUCAAUUAUCCAGCAGGGAUUUGACUCCACCGGCAUGCUGGCUGUUAUGGAGGAGAACGAUGUCCGCACCGUCGCCGCCAACCUGGGCCAGGCCCGUGUUCUUUCUCGCUUGGUCCACAACUGCAAGCGGUCCGCCGAUGCUCUGCCAGCCGCCUCCCAAGCUCAGACACCCAUGAGAGGCCGCUCCAAUAGCUUCAGCCAUCGCUCAGACAUCUACCACCAGCAGCAGCACCAUCAUCCAACCCAUCCCUCACAGGCUUUGACCGUGGAUGCCCAAAUGAUGCCCCCACAGACCCCCGGGGGCAUGCAGACCAUCUCCCCAAGGAUGGUAGACUUAAUGGGCAGGAGGCCCAACAGUGCCCCAUCUCAGCACCUCAUGGAAGCCUCUGGAGGCUACCCAGGCCAGCCACCUCGCUCCCCGGGGCCAUACGCUGGAGCACUUAUGCCUGUUCAUUCGAGACCCAUGUCAGCCUACUCUGCUGGGGCAACAAUGUCAGGCAUGCCCAUGCAUGGUAUGCAGAUGAUGCCUCAGCAAAUGACCGGGUCAAUGCCUGCCAUCCAAGGGUCUAUGCACGCCAUGUCAGGUAUGCCACAGCAGAUGCCUGUGUCCAUGCCAGCUUUAACACAGCCACCGCAACAGGUCCCCAAAGCGUACUCCACCAAUUACACAGUGCCUAUGGAGCUGAUGAAGAGGGACAGGAACCUAAUGCCGUUGUCCCCCAUGCACAGCCCUCACCCCAGUCCUCAGCUGAUGCGUAAGGGUGGGGGACCUGCACAGGAGAAUGCCCUCGUCCUUAUGGGACCACCAGGACAAAACACCAUGGCUGUUAACCAGAAACAAAGUCGACGCACGGGUCCACCAGUCAUCGUGUCCACUAUGGCUUCACCAGAUACAAGUAUUCGGCCCCAGAUUAUGAAUGGCCCUAUGCACCCACGCCCCCUGGUGGCGCUGUUGGACGGGCGCGACUGCACUGUGGAGAUGCCCAUCCUCAAGGAUCUGGCCACCGUGGCCUUCUGUGACGCCCAGUCCACACAGGAGAUCCAUGAAAAGGUGCUGAACGAGGCGGUAGGGGCCAUGAUGUCCCACCCCAUCACCCUCCCCAGAGAGGACUUGGAGAAGUUCAAGGCGCUGCGCAUCGUCAUCCGCAUGGGAACCGGUUUUGAAAACAUGGACACAAAGAUUGCGGGCUAGGUUGGCAUCGCGGUGUGUAACAUCCCCUCGGCAGCUGUAGAAGAGACGGCGGACUCGACGCUUUGUCACAUCCUCAACCUGUACCGGCGAAACACCUGGCUGUACCAGGCUCUCCGGGAGGGCACGCGGGUCCAGAGCGUGGAGCAGAUCCGGGAGGUGGCGUCGGGGGCGGCCAGGAUCCGAGGAGAGACGCUCGGCCUCAUCGGGUUCGGUCGCUCGGGCCAGGCGGUGGCCAUGCGGGCCAAGGCGUUCGGCUUCAACGUGAUCUUCUACGACCCCUACCUCCAGGACGGCUUGGAGCGCUCGCUGGGCGUCCAGCGGGUCUACACGCUGCAGGACCUGCUCUACCAGAGCGACUGCGUCUCCCUGCACUGCAACCUGAACGAACACAACCACCACCUCAUCAACGACUUCACCAUCAAACAGAUGCGUCAAGGAGCUUUUCUGGUCAACUCGGCACGGGGGGGUCUGGUGGAUGAGAAAGCUCUGGCUCAGGCCCUGAAAGAGGGCCGGAUACGGGGAGCUGCCUUGGACGUUCACGAGUCAGAGCCUUUCCGGAAUCUCUGUUUCUCUUUCUCUGCACAGUUUUUCCAAAGUGGUCUGAAAGACGCCCCCAACUUGAUCUGCACCCCCCACACGGCCUGGUACAGCGAGCAGGCGUCCCUGGAGAUGAGAGAGGCCGCCGCCACGGAAAUACGGCGAGCCAUCACAGGCCGCAUUCCCGACAGCCUCCGGAACUGCAUCAACAAGGAGUUCUUUGUGACCUCGGCGCCGUGGGGGAUGAUGGAGCAGCAGCAGCAGCAGCAGCAGCAGCAGCCUCAAGUUCACCCGGAGAUGAACGGUGCCACCUACAGAUUCCCUCCUGGCUUGGUGGGUGUCGCCCCCGGCGGGAUUCCCGGACCUCUGGAGGGGUUGGUGCCUGGGGGGUUGCCCAUCGCCCACACCCUGCCCCCCGGUAUCCAUCCGUCACAGGCCACCUCCCCCAACCAACACUCCAAACAUGGCGACCACAUGAGAGAGCACAUGACUGAGCCGUAGGGCGGCCGGUGUAACCGAGCAGGCGGCUAAAACCACACACGCACACGCACACGCACACACACACACACACACACACACACACAGCAACUCUAAAAGCAUCCGGGUGUACGCUUGACUUCAGUCCAUCUGAACCCAGCAGCAGAACCGCUGGUGUGAAACCACUGCGCCCGAGUGAGGACAGCGGGUGUUUAAUGCCGCCACGGCGAGACGGAGCAUCACUCGGGAAACCUUCUCCUCCCGCCUAUCUGUUCCCGUUGAUUUCAUUGAUUCUGUUUUGAUCCUAGUUUUUUGGGGGGGAACAGGGGGGGGCUUUAUGGGAGAUUCCUCCUGACUUUUGGGACACGUUGACAUUUCGACGUGCCGGACGGAAAUCUGACCCUUGCUUCUCGGUUUGAAGGAAGCGCUCGGAGGGAAAGUGACUUCACAAACACUCGGUCGAGCCUCCGUUUCCGCCUCCUCCUCCUCUUCCUCCUCCUCCUCCUCGCUCGUUAAUUACACCCAUCUCUGUGCAAACAUGUCUGUUACUAGGGUUUUUUUUAUAUACCUUCCUGUGUUUAUCCUAUAUUAUGUGUUUCUGUUGCAGGUGAAUAUUUGUUUGUCGGUUCUCCAGUGGGGGGAAACGGAUUUAUGGGUUUAGCGGAGAACAAAAGUCAGCUGACGAACAACAGCAGCGUCUUCUGUCUCCAUCCGAAACGUGGACGUGGUCAUUGCUCGUCCCUGCAUGUUGUGUGGUUGGUUGGCCCCUGAAUGUAGAGACGAGAUUCAGAGCAUUAGAUCCGGUUUCCAGUUCUUAAAGUAAAAGUGACACUUUUAAAACAAAAGCAACAAAGAAAAAAGGAUAGAGACUGUACAUGAAACUUGUCACACCGAUUCAAUAUUGCUGAUGAAACAUUUCCAACUGUGCUGAACUGAGGUACCUUCAAUAUGUGGUUAUUGUCAUGAACUGUGUCACAAAUAUUUGCCUCUGAGGGACUUACAACACCAGCUAGCGAGGAAAAACAAAAACAGUAAAUGUCUUACUGACUCAGGAAGGAAUGAUCAACCCCCACAAAUAUCCCCCACUCAAAACAGAAAGCGGAGAAACUGGAUUAUUGCUUUUUCGUGUCUCCACGUCUGUCUCCGUUGUGAUUUUAUUUUUAUUUUUUUUCAUAUAUCAAAUGUACGUUUUUUUGAUGUUCAAGGUUUUUCGGCCCCGUCAGAUUCGUAUUGCCUCGUUAAAUGUUCUUAUAAUCAUCGUCUUACGUGAGCGUCCCCGGCCUCUCCCGUUUAUAGUUUUCUUCCGCUUUGUUUUCCUGCUCUAAUGAAAGACCCCGGUGACGCCAGCAGGAGACGGCUGCUGGCAGGUUGUUUGGUUUUUAGUGUUGAGUGUUUGUGUUUUUUCUUGUACAAGGUGAACAUAUAGCAUACCGUGCAGCUGGAAACAAUAAAUAAAAACUUACUGUCCUGAUUGAUGAUUGGCUCUGUGAAACAUUCGUGGGAUAUUCUUUUUUUCACAUUUUUUUACAGUUAUUUAAAAGAUACUUAAAAAUCCUUGUUACGGGGUUUUCAAAGUCUGACGCUGUCAAUGUCAGUUAUGUCGAGGAAUAUUUAUUGUGCAACAAUCAUAAAAAAGGUUCAUAAUGAUAGCUUUUGUCACUCCUAUUAUUCUUAUUUGCUAGAUAAUCAUGCUUUAACCUUUGAAAAUACCCAUCAUUCUUGUUUACAGGCUGUGUUUUGUGUAAAUCAUGCGGAGUUGCUUGAGUUGCCCGUUUUUCUCCUUUUUUUAACCUAUUAUUGUUAGCUGUUUGGCAAAUUGACAUCAAUAAAAGUAAAAUGAUUAGCUAUUAGCAGUUCCUGUUUGCAAUGUACCCAUUAAUAUACCGACAACCGUCACUGGAUAACUUUGAUACUGUAGAAAUCAAAUAAACGUGCUGAUUCUGAA